GACGUUGUAUAGCCUAUGCUACUUGAUUACAAUUGUUGAUCAGAGUUAACUGAAUAUAACUAGCUUAUUCAUGUUAUAUGACUAGAUUUCAAAACAUUUCGUUCAUAGAAGAAAUUCCUUUCUGCAUCAUGAACGUGGCUGUAUUUAGCUACUUUAUUUUAUUUUUCUACUGAGUUUUUAUUACUCUAUCAGUCCCUUUAAUACUGUAUUUCGUUUGUGGUCUUUUCCAGACUUCGUUUUUUUGCAGAAAUUCAGCGAGUACAUUGUAAGCAUAACACAGCAAUAGCGGCAACAGCCAUUAGGGGCGUUGUUGCCCGGUUGUUUACAAGUGCAGGAUCUUUUCAUCACAUUUAAUGCCGAAUCGUCUAAUUUAAAAUUAAUUUCAUGCCUACAGGUUUUUUUGGUUACUUCUCAAUUGAAAACUGUCUCCUGUUUUGUUUGCUUCGUACAUAAUGUUUUUUUCUGGUAGUAUUACUUUCUUUUCAUUUUGGAUCAAUGGUUGCCGGAUUUUAAAAAAAUGCUGAGUUGAUUGCAAUAGCAAAGGAGAAAGUUUCCCGGCCAAGCGUGAUAGGCUACUAACGUAAAACAUGGCGAAGCAGACGUUUUGCUGGUGCAGUGUUCGUCCAAAACCGUGCUACCGAGCCUCCAGUGUUGUUGUGGGGCAUCCACUUGACACAGUUAAGACUCGUUUACAGGCCGGGAAAGGUUACAGAAACACCUUUCACUGUGUUCUCACCAUCUACCAGAAAGAAAGUGUUUCUGGGUUUUUCAAAGGACUCUCCUUCCCUUUGGCCAGCAUUGCUCUCUAUAACUCGGUGGUGUUUGGCUUCUUCAGCAACACGCAGAGGGUCAUUAGCAAGUUUCGCUAUGGUGAUGGGCAUCACCCCUCCAGUAUACUGGACCUGACACUAGCCAGUAUGAUGACAGGCUUUGUUUCUGUGGGCAUGGGAGCCCCAGUGGACUUGGUGAAAAUCCGGCUGCAAAUGCAGUCUCACCCUGUUCUUGCAGAGAACCUCAACCUUGCUGGGAACGUGCCACUACGUUCAGUGGGAAUCCGGAGUCAGACUGUCUACAGGGGCCCCAUUCACUGUAUUGGCAGCAUCCUACAGAGCGAAGGAGUCCAAGGACUGUACCGAGGGGCAGGGGCCAUGUUGCUGCGGGACAUCCCUGGAUACGCCCUCUACUUCAUCCCCUACACCCUGCUCUGUGAUUGGUUUAAGCCUGACCAAAAUGCCUCCCCUCAUCCUUGCUACAUAUGGCUGGCAGGUGGAUUAGCAGGGUCCAUCUCCUGGGUCACUGCAACCCCAGUUGACGUGGUGAAGAGUCGAUUGCAGGCCGAUGCUUUCCACUACAGGAAAUACAGAGGGAUAACCCACUGCAUAAUCAGUAGCUAUAAAACAGAGGGUUUGCAUGUUUUCUUCCGUGGGGUGACAGUGAAUGCCAUCCGAGGAUUCCCCAUGAGUGCCACCAUGUUUUUGGGCUAUGAACUCUCUUUGGAUUUCUUUAGGAGUCUCUAGGAGGUCAUCUGCCCUCUGCUACCAUAGGCUCUUAAAGAUUUGACCAGGAAACCCUUAUUUGGAAGUGAGGCACAAGAUAAGCUGCAGGUUUGUGGGGGUCAUUAUUGCUGGUUAAAGAUAUGUAUUGUUACAAGUAUUCACACAUUUCUUACAUUAAGAAAACAAGUUAACAUUACAGUAUGUACUGUAUAUGUUUACAGAAAAGAUGAAAAAAAGUAUGUCUCUGUACACUCAAAAAUCAAGCAAGAUUUCUUCUUUACAUAUAAUUGAAUACAUAACUGCAGUUCUGUUAUAUACAUUGGAUAUAUUUAGCUAACUUAGGAUAUUACUUGAAUGUAAAACAAUGACAAUCUAUAAAAUAUGAUACAUUUGAUUCAGUAUCAGUCAGAAUUGCAUUACUAAUAUGGUUAGGCUUUUUUAUAAGUAAUAAUGUAGACAAUUAUUAACAAUUCUAUUAACGCACAUGCAAAUAAUUUAUUCUCUCUGUGCAAUAUCUUAAUUUCAUAUAUUGUGGAACAAGAACAUUCCCAAGAGAAAAUAAAAUGUGUUGACAUGCC